GAGCAGAGCAGGUUUAGAAUCUAGUAUUUUUCGCUUCACCGGCGGGCGGCAACCUCACCUUAGCCGUCCGCCGGAUCUCUACCUAAUCCGCUAGGACCUCUACACAUACCUUCUCUCCCGCUGUUUUGAUUCGGAGUUAGCGGAAGCUGUCACUCUCUCAGUUUCCAGAUGAACCAUCAUCCAAGCUAAAGCAUGAUGAGCAUGGUCUUUUAUCAAUGGCAGCAGCAGCAUCUCCCGCGAUUCUAUCUCUCUCUCUGUCUCUCGCUGUGUUUCGAAUUGACGAUGGAGACCAUGAGAGCCACUGGUUUAGUUUGUCAGUCGAGUCUCGUUGAGUUCAAACGCUCUUCGUUGCCUCGCAAAACCCUAACCCCUCAUCCUCCGACUGGCUCUCGUGUCUCUCUUCCUUUUCGUAAUCAUGGAUCGUUGUUGUUGCUCAGAAUGGCAGAACAUUCCAAAAUUCCAAUGGCUAUUUCUCAGAAUGCCUCUCUGGCAUCUCAGCUUGUCUCCGUGAAGAACAAGAUCACGAAUCCAAUCGUCGUCAUCGAUAACUAUGACAGCGUCACCUACAAUCUCUGUCAGUAUAUGGGAGAGCUGGGUUGCAACUUUGAGGUUUACCGGAAUGAUGAGCUUACUGUGGAUGAAUUAAAAAAGAAAAAUCCAAGAGGAGUGCUUAUAUCCCCCGGACCAGGCACACCUCAAGAUUCAGGAAUAUCGCUGCAAACUGUAUUGGAACUUGGACCUACUGUACCUUUGUUUGGUGUCUGUAUGGGACUGCAGUGCAUUGGGGAGGCUUUUGGAGGCAAGAUUGUGCGUUCUCCUCAUGGUGUUAUGCAUAAAAAAAGUUCCCUUGUCUAUCAUAAUGAGGGUGGGGAAGACGGCCUAUUUUCUGGGUUAUCAAACCCUUGUCUAUCAUCAGGAGUGCUUAAACAUUUUUUUAAUAUUUUUACCUCAACCUCUCGGCAGGCCUAUGCACAUGGGCACACACUCACCACGCACAUGGGCACACACUCACCAUGGGCCCUACCACUAGCAAUAGCAAUUUAUAAUCAUAAGUUCUCUCUCUCGUGAGGGAGAAAAGGAGAGCCUGGAGCUAAAGCUUAACACACAUGCACACCACCAUCACUACAACAAACUUUCUUUUUAUUAUUUUAUUUUUCUUUUUUUCUUAAAACAGAACCAAAACCAGUCUACUUGUCAACCCAUCAUCCACAUCUUUGUUUUUGACAAAAAAAAAAAAAAUCCCAAUUUUAUUUAUUUUAUUUUAUCUUCUCUUUUCUUAAAAAAAAAAAAAAAAAAAAAAAAAAAAAAAAA